UUAAGUUGUCUUUCUUUCACUAUAAACGAGACUUUAAAAUUCUCAAGAAAAUGGAACGAACCUUGGAUCUUGAAUCGGGCUCAAACCAUGAGUCGACGAAGAAAUCACCUGCUCCUGGGAUGUGGCGUUUUCCUACAAAUCCUGAUCUUUGUUGUAUCUACAGAGUCCCAAACUGCUUACGUCAAGUAAGCCCGGAAGCAUACACGCCUCAACUGGUUCUCAUUGGACCUCUUCACCGAUCUUUAAUAUCUCGAGCUCUCAAGUCUCGUGGAGAUAUCACAAACACGAAGCUCAUGGGCUACUUGAACAUGGAGGGCCACAAGAAAGUUUACUUGAUGGAAUUCUCACGAAGGGUUGAAGGGAAGAAAGCAGUCAUUGAUGGAUUCAGGAAGAUAAUAGAAGAAGACGAAGAUCUUAUCAGGGCAAGCUACUCUGAAUCAACGGCUUGGAUUCCAUCUCUAGAUUUCGUGGACAUGAUCUUGCACGACUCUGUUUUCAUACUAGAGCUCUUUUUGAGGUUUUACGUAAAAGGACCAGAGAAAAUAGGGGAUCCUCUUAUGGACGAGCCUUGUCUUGUACACACAGUCACUGGAGAUCUCAUCUUGCUCGAGAACCAGCUUCCUUACUUUAUCCUCGAGAAACUCUUCGAUCCAAUAGUUUCAAUACUCUCCUCGCACGAGACGUUCCGUGAAUUAACCAUCACCCAUUUUCGAGUCCAAGACAAGAUUGGAAACAACUCAAAGUUUAGACAUUUUACUGAUAUGGCAAGGUGUGUGAGGGUGGAGACAGUUCCAGAGCAUGGUUAUGGGAUCUUCAGGCCUAUGUAUGAAAUGUAUAAUGCGGAUAAGCUAGAUAACGGGGGAGUGAAAUUUGAAGCCGUGGAAGACGAGCUGUCGGUCGAGGUGAAAUUCAGCAAUGGUGUUUUGAGUAUACCAUGUUUUUUAGCUGAUGACGAUGCAGAGAUGAUACUUAGAAACAUAAUGGCACUUGAGCAGUGCCAUUACCCGUUCAACGCCCACGUAUGUAACUACGUCAUGUUCUUGGAUUUCCUCAUCGACACCGAGAAGGACGUCGACUUGCUUGUCGAGAAAGGGAUAAUAAACAAUUGGCUUGGGCAACAUCGUACGGUGGCUAAGAUGGUGAACAAGCUCUGUCUAGGAGUCAUGCAUGAUGGCUCUUACUAUUGUGAUAUCGCAACGGAAGUAAUGGAACACUACAACAACAAAUGCAAUAAGUCACACGCCAUCCUCAGGCGCGUGUAUUGCAGCGACCUGUGGACAGGGACAGCUACCGCAGCCGCUACGUGUCUAUUGCUGAUGACUCUUGUCCAGACGGUGUUUACGAUCAUUCCAAUUAUAAAGAAGAAAGAUCGUCGGAAAGCUUUGAAUGUUUAAACUAUCGUAUACUAGCUACUAGCUACGAAUACAUGGCAGCAAAGGUGAAAGUGAAUUUGCUUUUAAAAGAAUCAAUUCACAGAUUUGCCAAUAUUAUGGUUGCGAAAAAAUUAGUAACAGUUGCUGUGCCCUUAGUGAAGAAAUGCAUUUUAGGACGAAGAAAUGCCCUUAGUGAAGAAAUGCUGUGCCCCUAGUGAAGAAACCAUAGUGAAGAAAUGCACAGUAACAGUUGCUGUGCCCUUAGUGAAGAAAUGCAUUUUAGGACGAAAUAAAACCUCAGCAUAAUCAUUGAUAAAAAGUCGAUGUUUUUCAUACACACACAAACGACAUUAAAAACAAACUACAUUAAUUAGCUAUCGAGAACCAAAGAGUAUGUUUUGGGUCUCAUUCAACAACGCUUAGAGGUUCUUCUGGUCUGGGGGAUAGGCUUCCCCUCGGCAGAUAGUUUUGCCCAAAGGACAACCUGAUUCCAACUCCUAAACUCUUUGUCAGCGUCGUCAUAGUUGCUAUCAGAGAUAAAAAUUAUCAUU